CAUGAGUAUAAAAUUGCAGAUGAAUUGUCAUGCUUGAAUCAAGUUCCUCUCGCUCCACCAGGCCUUUCGAACCACCGUGUCCUCGCAUCGCCCUCGUCGCUAUGUUCACUAAGGCGUUCUUCAGUUACGUGUUUCUGGCCACCGCUGCCUUGGCAGCCCCUCGAGGUAGUGGGUUGGCCAGCCGUCUUGCACGCCGCGCUGCGGGCACGCACCGCUCGCAGCCCUUGAAAGCCGUCGAGCACUCCACGGGAACGGACGUUUCCAACGUGGUGUACAGCGGGAACUGGGCCGGUGCGGUCUACGCGGAGCCUUCGGGUACAUUCACCGCUGUCACUGGCACGUUCACCGUCCCGACUCCUAGCGCUCCCGGUGGUGGCGGCGGCAGCUAUUCUGCAUCAGCAUGGGUUGGCAUCGACGGUGACACGUGCGGGAAUGCCAUCCUGCAGACUGGCCUUGACUUCACCGUCUCUGGCGGUAGCGUCUCGUAUGAUGCUUGGUACGAAUGGUACCCUGACUACGCUCACGAUUUCUCCGGCAUAAGUUUCAGCGCUGGCGACUCAGUCCAAGUCAACGUGACAGCAAGCAGCACGACGUCGGGUACUGCGGUAAUCAAAAACCUGUCGACGGGACAGACGGUGACCCAGGACCUGAGCUCAUCGUAUGCUCUGUGCGAGGAGAAUGCGGAGUGGAUAGUCGAGGACUAUGAGGAGGGUGAUUCGCUCGUCGCCUUUGCCGACUUCGACAUCGUUACCUUCCGGAAUGCCUACGCGACUUACGCUUCUGGCGAAACUACCGGCCCGUCGGACGCCACGCUCAUCGUUAUCCAACAGAACAGCGUGGUCUUGACCUCGGCGUCGACGAAUUCUUCGUCAGUCACGGUCACCUACGUGUGAGAGGUUCCCAUCAUAAUAGAAAAAGAACCUUUUUGGGAGCACGGAAACGCGUGGACUUACGAUGUUGAUGAGAUGAUGACUUUUGCUUUCUUGUACGGAUGUAUUUGUUUUUUCCGUCCUACUAGGUGGUUUGCUAUAAAGCGAUACAGGGAAUG